GAGAUGUGAAUGAAGCCAAGGGCGCGCUGCGCUUACAGUUUGCUGUGUUGUAGAUUAAAAAACAAAUUAAUAAAUCACAGCACAAGUAUUAACUAAAUGUAAAUGAGAGGAGAUCAUAUGAGGGCACCACUACACCACUUCCAGAGUGAUACUCUCACAGGCCCUCAGAAAUGACUCUAAGCGGUCCCUAGGGGCACAAUGAUAAAGGCUGAAAUUAUACAUUUAAGUGCACAGUCUGCAACGUUAGGUGCCAUAUUGCAACAGAGGGCUUCCUGUCCUCAAUUUAGGAACCACAGGUUACAAAAAACGUCAGUGGUGUAAAAGGUAUAUAUGCACCUCCAGGGGUUACAUUUUGGAUCAGUUCUCCGCUGAUUCCCUGCGUUGUCAACAUGGCUCAGAAACACACGAUUGCCCUGACGACCGCUCUGCUCUUCAUCACGCUGGGCGUACUCAGUCUGGCUCCGGCUGCCCGAGGUGCCUACACGGGAAAAAGCUGUUGUACAACAUACACUAGGAAGCCAGUGCCCUUCAACCGCGUGAGGGGAUUCAGAGAACAAAGCAUUAGGGAAAACUGCAACAUCGAUGCGAUCAUUUUCUACACGGUUAAGAACAAGGAGGUGUGUGCGACUCGGAAGGAUGAGUGGGUGAAGACAUUGCUUAAAUUACUCAGUUCAAAACUGAAGAAGAUGUCCAAGACCCCCUCAGUUGCAGGCUGAAAUGAAAAACCUUCGGCUCAAGUGGAUCUUCCUUCACGGCGACAGGGGCAUUCUUCAGCGGCGCCGCACCAUUUUAUCAGCAAAGACUGGGUGGUUGCCUAAAGAGAUGCAAAGACUUCACGAAAUUCAUCUGAAGAAAUGUCACAGAUCCAGGAUAUUUGCCCUUUUUAUAACAGCAUACAAAUUACCUUUGCUUUAACGUUUCACGUUUUACUUCUGCACACUCAACCUUAAUACUCCAUUAUCAGAAACUUAAGGGCAGCCUGAAAAGCUUUAAGACAGAUCAUUGGUUAAACAUUUAGAAAAAAAAAGUCAAUGUUUUGUUAUCGUGUUUCAUUUCUUGCUUUUAAUCUGCUGCUUCGUCAAAUGAAUACAUGCAAGUCAUAAUAAAAGCUUGGAUUUAUUCC